AUGUUCAACUUCAACCUCUUCAAGUCUACUCAGAUCAACGAUCAGACCCCUACUGAGGGUACCUGGAACCCCAACACCGUCACCAUGCAGCCCAUCAGCCCCGCUGCCCCUUCAAGCAACCAGGCCGUUGUUUCUGAGCAGCCCACUAGCCAAGAGCAAAUGCAGCUGCGUGGAGGUGGCGCCGGUGGUUGUUGCUGCGGAAUUUGCGCCGGUCUUGCCUGCUGCGAGUGCAUGGAAAUUUGCUGUUAA